AUGGAAAACGACUUGCACGACCAGGUGGACGGGGUCAAGGAGUACUUGACUUCUCGACGCCUUCCCAAGCUGCUCCAAACCAAAAUCCUUGCCCUUUAUGAACACUUUUGGUCCGCCCAGCGCGGGAUUGACGAAGACUCGAUGAUUGCCGCGCUCCCCCCGCACAUUCAAAUGCAAUGCUUGGACUACUUUUGUGCCAAGGGUGAUUUGGCUUCGUGUCAAGUUGAGAUCAUCCUCAUGGCAGGCGGGAAAUCGAAGGGAGCCAACUUGGGGAGCGAGAAGCGCACGACUCGCAUCGACAAGGAUGUGGUGAAAGUGUCCGCAACCAACAGAGCGCUUUCAUAUGCGUAUGACUUGCUGUGGAGUUAUCGGUACUUCCACAUCAUUGUGGCGAUCUUGCUCUUGGCGGAACUCGUUCUCGGUGUGCUCAUCAUCCAAAAGAUUCCAUACACGGAAAUCGAUUGGAAAGCGUACAUGCAACAAGUUACCCAAUUCAAGAAUGGUGAGCGCGACUACAUCAACAUCCGAGGCGACACUGGGCCGUUGGUGUACCCUGCUGGCCACGUGUACAUCUACGCGUUCUUGCACUGGGUAACGAACAACGGAGAAGAUAUUCGUCGAGCGCAAUAUAUCUUCCUUGGGUUCUACUUGAUCACGAUUUCGACCGUUUUUGCGAUAUUUUACCGCUCUCGCGUCGCGCCGCCGUGGACCGCCAUCUUAGUGUGCACGUCAAAGCGCUUCCACUCGAUCUUCAUGCUCCGUUUAUUCAACGAUGGCAUUGCCAUGAUGUUUCUCUUUCUGGCGAUCUACUUGUUUUGCCGUCAGCAGUGGCGUUUGGGCUGCCUUGUGUACAGCUUCGCCGUGUCUAUCAAGAUGAACGUGUUGUUGUUUGCGCCGGCGCUGUUCUUCUUGCUCCUCCAAUCUUCUGGAGUGUUGCGCACGAUCGGGUACCUUUCUAUCUGCGCUUCGCUUCAAGUUGCGCUCGCGCUACCAUUCAUCAAGACGUUUUGGUGGAGCUAUUUGACCAAGGCGUUCGAAUUCAGCCGCGUGUUUACGUACCAAUGGACUGUCAAUUGGAAGUGCAUUCCUGAACACAUCUUCUUGUCCAAGCCGUGGGCAUUGUUGCUUCUUAGCGGUCACCUACUGGUCUUAAUUGCGUUCUUGCACAAAUACUAUUUCUCGGGACCACAACGCCUAAGCAUGUCGGCGCUCUUGUAUCGACCGUUCCAAUUGCGUGAACGCGUGCCCAUCCGGGUUGAGCGCAUCGUGACGUCGCUAUUCGUCGUCAAUUUUGUCGGUAUUUGCUUUUCACGCACGCUGCACUACCAGUUUUACGCGUGGUAUUUUCCAACGCUCCCAUAUUUGUUAUGGAAGACGAACAUGCCCAUGAUCUUCAAGGCCAAGGUCCUCAUCAUUUGCGAGUACGCGUUUAACACUUUUCCUGCAACGGACGUAUCGUCGACGGUGCUCCACUUGAGCCACUUUAUGCUGCUCGUGUCGCUUUACACGGCCAGCGACGAAGGUUCGAACCACGACCCAAUGGAGACAAGCCAAACACAGUGCAUGUUCUGGACGUGCACGACGGUGGCGACGCGUGUGGCUUGGUGCAUUCAUGAUGCGUUGUUGAUGUAGGCAAAUACCAGUCGUAUUUGGAUGCGGAAACCCGACAAGACUUGGUCCACUUUAUCAAUGAAGAAUGCUUUGACGCGGCACGCCAGUUUGCCAUGUACUACGGCAGCGUCACGGAAGACCUGGCAGAAGGAGCGUCCGUCGUGUCGAUUGACGAACAAGAAGUUGUGUUGCGCCUGCCGAAAAUGAACUUUACGCUCGCGAUUGGGUUUGGCAGCAGUGCGCCAGUGACCACUGAAGGAUAUGCCCGUCGCGUGCUAAGCGGAAUGUCCAAGGAAGCGGAAUACGGCCUUUCACGUGGCCUCAACAUGGGCCAAGUCAUGACUCGCGGCUACAACGAGUUCAAGAAGAACCAUCAAGAGGGCGACGACGGCGAGUUGAACGUGCAGUUGCGUCGUCGAAAGUAGAUGAACAUGACGCGAUGCACAUGGAGAACAACGGACGACCAUGGAAUUGCUCUGAUGUCAGCGAUUUUCAGGACAAGGUCGUUUCUAUUCGCAAAAGGAUCUCGCGUUCGUGUGCUCGAGAGCAAAGGUUCUGCAUUACUGACGCGCAGAGGAAUUUUUUGCGCGCUGGUCGGAGCAAGUGCUGGACAUCUCUCUCGUCGCCCCGAAUGAUGUGAUUUCCCC